GUCAAUUUUUAUUCAGCGUUUGUGUUUGUGAUUUUUAUUGACUAUUUUCUUUGCCUAAAAUGAGAAAUAUUGAUAAUUUGCUGGUUUGGUAGUGUUUUCUUCAGUGUAUUUUUUCUGAUUGUUAUGGAAAUAUUUAUAAUAUAGUAUAGUGUGAUCUGUCUUGUUCAAUUAACAUUCUGGGCGUUAAGAGAGCCUUCUCUUUAGCGGUCUGUGUUUCAUGUCGCCAAGCUCAAUAUAGCUCAAUUUAAACGUAAUAAAGCUACCUAUAUUAAAAAUGGGGGAUAGUCGAGAAGCCAUUAAAAAAGCUUUUGGACUUCCAGAAUAUCCAUGGAGUUCCGAUGAUGAAGAUAUCAUUAUAACACCUGAUAAUGCAACAAGCAGAAGACAAGCUGACAGUUCGGAGUUUCCAGACGACAGUGCAGGUGUGCGGCCAUCCACCUCUGGACAAUCUCGCCGCAGAAUGGGACGUGUGGAACGUGACUUUUAUUGGUCUUUGCUUGAUAAUCCUACGAGAGCAUCUGGCCCUUCAGCUGUGCCAGGACGAUCAACAGCAUCAGUCCAAACAGUUAUGCCAGGAACUUCACGUUCUCUAGAACCAAGAGAGAGUAUAGAUCUAACAAGCCCAUUGUCAAACCUGCAACGCAUCCUUGCUAUCAAGAGAUUACCACGCGGUCAGCCCAGCUCCAGAAACUGCAUGUUUCCAUUUCAACUGCUGUCAAAUUUAGGAAACAUCUCGCGAAGGAGCUCUGACUCGAGUUCGCCCAUGAAUGUGCAGCCGAGCUCGCCGACCGACGAUGAGCCUUUAGUGAGGUACACCGCACUGCCACGUAUUAGUGUGACCAGGAGCUCUAGUCAGGAAAAUAGAAACGCUUUAGCGGGAAAUUCAGAAAAUAGAAACGAUUCCGCAAACUCCCUGGAGGGAAGAAAUCCUAUGGUAGUGAACACCUCGACCGGUAGAGUGGCCAUAGCAGCGAACGUCCCGCCGGAGGGAGCGCCUCAUGCAGAGGUCAGGCAGGAGUUGGUCAUGGAGAUAGACGGGGAUGACAACCAGCCAGAUGACAAUGUCUUAGGCCAAGCUCAAGCCAGUGGGGCAGAAGAAGAAACCGAGGAACCGGAACUGGCAGAGGAUGCCACUACCGCUUCACUAGCCACGUCACUUGCUCAGGGAACUAAAAGAAAAAGAGAAGUUACAGCUACUGAUGGAAGUGUUACAGCUGCUGAUGAUGUGUUUACAGCUCAGGAUCUCAAUCGGAGCUUGCUGCAACUGCUGGAGUGCCCAGUGUGCCUGGAAUGGAUGGAGCCGCCCAUGGCGCAGUGUCGCCGUGGGCACUUGGUCUGCUUGCGCUGCCGUACACGGCUCGCCUCCUGCCCCGUGUGCCGCACCGCCUUCAGCUCCGUGCGUAACCGCGCCAUGGAGGGGGUGGCGGACAUACUGCGCUACCCGUGCCGGCACGGCUGCGGGCGCGAGACGCGGCUGCGCCAGCGCGGCGCGCACGAGGCGAGCUGCACCGCGCGCCGCUACCGCUGCCCCGCCGCCACUUGCGCGCGCCAAGAGCCCAUGCCGCUCACUGACCUGCCGCAGCACUUCCAGACGUGCCACCAGUCGAUCCUGAAGGUGGGUAGCCGCCACCAGUUCUCGAUACGCAUGAACUUGGACCAGCACGACGACUGGCUGAUCAUGGUGGGCCGCGACCUGUUCUUCAUGCGCGUGGACGUCAGCGUCCGCACGCUGGGCAUCGUGGUGCACGUUGCGUACAUCGGGCCCAAAUGCAACGCCAAUCUCUUCACCUACGAGGUGUCGGUGUGCGGGCUGCACAACGAGCGCAAGCUAGUGUACACGCGCGAGACGCACAGCGACCUGGAGAGCACGUCGCUCAACGUCAACCGGCAGGACUGCUUCCACCUGACGCUGGACCAGGCGCUCAACUUCCUGCGCUACAAGAACCGCCACUGCGAGCCCGACAAGCUCCUCGAGUUCUCCGUCGAGAUCUCGAAGAUCGACCCCCCCGCGCAGAACGAGACCCCCUGCGACCUGGACUCCUGAUUGGGGUGUGUGGUGUACGUGAGCGAGGGCCGCGUCGUGAGGUGCUCCACCUACCCGCUCUCGGAGGCGCCUCCCAUGGACUGAUGCGGUGAGCUGUACUGCUGGUUGCGUGUCUCAGUUCAAAAUGAUCAUGAGCCACUACAUCGAGAUUUUUCAUUUUUGCGAUUGUAAAUCAUUUAUAAGGUCAUUUCACAUCAAGUGUCAGUGGCUUUUUUGUUUUUGCCGUCAACAUGCUUAACUCUACGAAAUGAAGUUUGCUUUUUUUUUUUUCAUUCUUUACAAGUAGCCAUUGACUACAAUCUCUCCUGAUGGUAAGUGAUGAUGCAAUCUAAAAUGGAAGCGGGCUAACUAAUUAGGAUGAGGAUGAAAAUCCACACCCCUUUCAGUUUCUACACGACAUCGUAUAGGAACGCUAUAUCGUUUGGCGGUACGCCUCUGUCGGUAGGCUGGUAACUAGCCACGAGCGUAGCCUCUAUCCAUACAGACCUGGGCCAGUUAAGAAAAGCUCAAUCGGCCCAGCCGGGGAUCGAACCCAAGACCACCGUCUUGUAAAUCCACCGAAAAAUUUUAAUUACCACUUGUCACCAUCACUGCUAUAGUAAUGUUACUUGAUAAAUCACCCUUUUAAAGGCUUCCACUGAAAACCAACGCUGCGGCUUAUGUAAUGCUGAGUGGGAGACCUUUAUUUGAUCAGUGCUAUUUUUUAUUAUCUGUAAUUUCUUUUUUUUUUGUAGCAAAACUUAGUUUAAAGUAUUAUUGACCGAAUAUACCAUUCUUUCUUUCAUUUAAUUGGAAUGACCUUGAUCGCAAGAAUAAAAAAUCACUGCCAUAUGACGUAGUGAUUUAUGUUUUGGAAUUUUACACCGAGAUAUUUACUCUGCUGACUUUUAUAAGCUUUACAUUGUUUCUCUUAUGAUAUACAACUUUUAACUAUGAUCUCGUUAAACAUUCGGCAGUUGCCCUCAAGUUUCUAGCCAGAGGUGUGUGUUAAAGGACUAGCUACCCUAGCCAUAAAUAUUAUUAAAGGUUUUGUCAUCUAAUCGAUAUUAUAACAGCCAUAUACAUUAAUUUCUGUCUGUUGCUCUCCAUACUGGAACUGUACUGCUAUUCUGUUAUAAUGCUUUUAUAAUUUAACAGUGUGAGACUCGUCUCUAUCUCUUUCCGUCUAUCAUGUGCUAGACAGAAAUAGAUAGAGAUCUAUAUAUAAAAGAGAAAGGUCUUCACGAAAUAUCGAAAACUGCUUCAUGUACAAAGUUGAAAUUUGGCAGGGUGGUAGAUUUUACUUAGUAGACGUCAGCUAUGAACCGAAUUUGCGAGAUUUUAAGAUCGGACGAAGUCGUGGGCGUCCACUAGUUGAGUUAUAAAAACAUUGUUACAGAAUAACUUCUGAUCUAUUGACUUAUGUUUUUCGCUUCGUCGAUUUCAAUCGUUUCCUGCUGCUGCUAAUUUUUCACUGUAUGUACAUACCCAUUUUCAUAACCCUGUGCACGCCAGUGGUUUAAUAUUAAUCUCAUGUGAACUGUAUGUAUUAGGUUUGAUGGUUAUAUGAUUGUAACUUAUGUAAGUAUAAUUUGCACACGAGCUUCAAAAAUUCUGAUAUGAAAGUCACAAGAACAAAGUUUGAAAGUCUUGAUCUAUAUUAUAAAUGCGAAAGUAAGUAUGUCUGUAUGUCUGUCUGUCUGUUACCUUUUCACGGCCAUACCGCUUAACCUUUUUGGAUGAAAUUUAGUAUAGAGAUAAAUUGGACUUUGGAGCAGAACAUACUACAUGGGCUACUUUUUAUCCCGGAAAAUUCCAAGGUUUCCGCGGGAUUUGUAAAAAAUACAAUUUCACGCAAACGAAGUCGCGGGUGUCUACUAGUAUGUAAUAUAUGGCAGAAGGAGUGCAAUAUGUAGGUAUAAUGUAAAUAGUUACCAACCAUGAUGAAUGAAAUUUAUUGGAACUUCUGAAAAUGUAGAUCGCAAUAUACUCGUAUUAUUAGGUACUAGCGGACGCCCGCGACUUUGUCGGCCCAUAGACCUCUUUAAUCCAGCCCUUACAGUAGUAUUGUUGUAAAAAUGGAGUAACUUCUCCCAUUUUCCCAACUUUUCCCUUCACUGCUCUGCUCCUAUUGGUCGUAGCGUGAUGAAAAGUAUACUAUAACCUGCCCAGGAGUAUGAAGAAUAAUUGUACCAAGUUACGUUAAAAUCCGUCGAGUACUUUUUGUUUCUAUAACAGACAGACAGGCAGACAAAAAUAUCACUAAUCACCCCCUGAUAGUUUUUUGGAAAUAUAUUCAUGUACAGAGUUGACCUCUACAGAUUUCUUGUAAGUAUAGAUUUUAUAAAUAUUGUUAAGGAGUUUUAUAGUUAAUUAUUUGGUGUGGAUGGAGAAGACUAAAAUAAGUUUUUGGUUAAUAUAUUUUUUCAUUUAAUUACUAUAUCAAAGAAAAAACCAAGAACAUAAAAAAAGGUUUAUUAGUGAGAUUUAAAUAAUAUACUAUUUACGAAAAACACAAAGCAUUGUACAAAUUUCAAAACAGAAAAACAUUUUGUUUUGUUUAUCAAAUAAUUGUAGAUAUAUUUUAGUUCUUAUGUGAUUUGUUCCUAUAUUAUAGUCAUUACAAUGGAAAAAUUCCAAACACUUUGUUGUUUUCUAUGAUUUGUUAACAUUGUAAAGUAUUUAGGAGUUUUUAAAAGACUGUAUUUUUAUAAAUGUAAAAGGAAAAGUUAAUUUAUUUAUAUUUAGAUAAACUUUCUAUGUAUUCAUGCUGAUAUUUGUAUCUACCGUGAAAAACUCGGCAGAUAAAUAUUUUUAAACUAAGGCACAAGCUGACCGCAUUGCAAAAAUCGCGUACAAUAACCAAACAAGAUUAUUACGAUAAAUCCCACAUAUAAUUUAAUGUAUUUUUUUUACUGUGGGAGUAAAAAGUUACAGGUCAACAAAAAAGCUUAUAACAGCUAGUAACAGCUUUAAUUUUAUGAAUUGUUCAAAACGGCGACUUUUAUUUGAUGACCAUGUGGCGCAGUGGUAAAUAUUCUGUACUAAAGGUCGUAGAUUCGAUUCUCACAACUGAAUAAUAUGACAAUACUCACAAUAAUGCGACCCUUAUUAUCGUAUAGUCCUUAUUAUAUUUUUUCAAUAGGUAUACUUUUCAUACUUUGGUGUCUGUUGUCCUUACUCCUUUGUAUAUGAGUAUGUAAUAAUUUAAGAAAUAUAAUUAGCAACAGUAUAUUAUAUAUCCAACCUAAAUAGUGAACACAGUUCAUCUAAUAUUAAAUGUAAGUUUAAGUAAUACAUUAUUUGUGUUGUAUUGAUGUCUAUUGUAAUCCUAAUAUUUUAAAUACUGAGGGUAUUGUUUAUCUGGGACAAAAUAAUAUAAAGUUUCUUUACAAAGUUAGUAUUAACUAUAGAUAGCUGAAUAUGUGUAAAAACACAUGACAUUUGUCAUAAUUAGUAGUGCUCAUUUUAAAAAUUGCCUGAACUGAUCUCACUAUGUCAUGUAAUUAACAUUAAAAAAUACAUUUUAAAGCUAUUUAUGACAUAUGUCAUUUGUCAUUUGUUCUUAUAUUUUCCACAUAGCGAUGUCUGUCUACAGGCAGACAGGCAAUACCAUCCCAUUCCAUCUUGUCCCAAAUAAAUAAUCCUGUUGUAGAUAUAAGCAUUACUCGUAUAGGUGUCAUGUUAGAAGAAUAGAUAGCUGACUGUCGAAUAUAAAGGAAUUUAUAUUGUUUUCAGAAUUCAAUAUUUUUAAAAAACUUUUAGCGAUAAAGUCAAACACCAAGUCAAUAAAACCUAAACGGGUUUUGGGGAAAAUCUUGUUUUAUUUUCAUUGAUUUGCUUCAUUUUAGAGAUUAAUAGGGAUGAUGACAGUUUUUUAAAUUUUAUAUAAAUUAAGAGUAUGCUAAUUGUAGAGCAAUUUUGUAAAAGGAACAUGGUAUCUGCGAUCAUUACUUUCGGAGCUACAGGGAUUUAAAGGGUCAGAUUUGCGGCGCUGCCGCGGAUCCCUGAAAAACGCCCCAUACAAAAUGGCACGAACUAAUGACGUAGUAGGUAAUUGAAUGAUCGUUAGAUUUGUAUGGGCGUUCAAACAAAAUUACUAAUAUAUUUGUUAUUUGUGCGUUUAUGUUUAUAGUUCAAAUUAUAAAAAAAAUGUCACAUUUAAUGUAAGGAAGCUAAAACUGUAUGAAUUUUCAUCUAAUUACGAUAAAAUAUUUUUAAUAGAUUUUAAAAAUUUAAUAGAUUUUUAAUAGUUUUAUUGUCGCACAAAAAGCAUGAUAUGAGUUAGGACCGAUUGACGGACAAUAAUGGACCAUGGAUUAUAUUUCGCCCUAUUAGGGCAAAUUAUUUGAUUAAAAAAAUAUUCAAGGACUGUGUAUAUGCCGUGAUGAAAAAUACCCAAACUUCAUUCAUUCGGAUGUAACUGAAAUUUUUUCAGUUACAUCCGGCUCAAAUAUUUAGACAGUCAGCAAUCAUUUUAAUGUACUAUAUAAUUUAUUGUCGUGGGUAAUUGAGAUUUAUAAUUGAUGUUCUUGAUUGUGUGUUAGCAUUUACUAUUAAUAGGUACCUAUCCCUUUUUUACAUUCCAUCUAUACAAACAAAAUGCUUUUUAUUCAAUGAUCUUUUUAAAAGUUAAAUAGUACGCCUUCAUUUUUGUUUUAAAUAUAAAUGUUUAUACAUAGCAAUAAAGGUAAGCGCACAAGACGUUGACGUCACAGCCACCACUUUUCAUUAUGUAUACUAUACUCACCAGUGACGUAGAUGGCCUUGGAGGGGCGUACUUGCCCUGUAUCAUAAUUAGUUGGGAGGCCUAAUAGAUGAGCGGCAAAUCCCGAAAAUCUCUUUACCAGUUUUUCAUGUUUCUUUCCCCGGGAAGCACCGGAUUAUGAGAUUGUGGAUUGAAUUUUACUAAUUUUUGCUUUCACACUUAAGGGGUUCCGUAUCAUUAGUACGCCUGAUACAGCGGUAGCUACGACCCUGAUACUUACGCAAGCAGGACAUUUAAGCGAUUCCACAGAAUUUUUUCAUUUAUUUAUUUGAAAUUCUUGUUGCACAUUGUAGUAUAAAACAGAAAUACUUACAAAAAAGAGAAACUUCAAACUACGAAUAGCAUGCAAAGGCCGCCUUAUCGCUAAAGCGAUCUUUCCCAGACAACUGUUAUUUGUAUUUUCUCACUAUUUUUUACAAAAUGUUUCAACCCUUGUCCAAAAUGCCAACAAUUCUGACUACACAUUCAUAGACUGUUUUUUAUUUUUGUCUAAAAAUUCUAAUUUCGGAAUGAAUGUACGACGUUGCCCAUCGUGUUGUGCGUAAACCUUUAUUCCUAUAUUAUCUUCCACAGUGUAUAGUUUGUUUUUCAGGUAAAACUCUCAUCACUGUGUCUGUAUUUGUUGUCUAAAAGAUUACGCCGAGUUGUAUUGUAUCAAAUAAAACGUACACAAAAUAUUA